UGGCCCCCCCUCUACUAAACUCCAAAACAUAGGUUAAUAUGAAACCAUAUACUGCUAUAAAAAAGCUCUUAACUUGUGCAGAAAGUGCAACCUAACCAAACCCCAGAAAUGGACAUUCUCUGCUUGAAUUGCUUUGCUUUUGUCAUAGCAACAGCAAUUUCUGUGUCUUACAUUUUCCAUAUUUUUAGGAAAAUUGCCAGACUGAAAAUCUUAUCAUCAAAAAGAUGCCCCAAAACUACAAAUAUUGAUACUCCAAUACUUCCUUUAGGCACUCUUGGGUGGCCACUUCUUGGUGAAACCAUGGAGUUCAUCUCUUGUGCCUAUUCAGAUUAUCCUGAGAGAUUCAUGGACAAACGACGUCGUUUGUAUGGUAAGGUAUUCAAGUCUCACAUCUUUGGAAAACAAACCAUCAUAUCAACAGAUGCAGAGGUGAACAGGUUUAUACUACAGAGUGAUGCAAAAUUAUUUGUGCCAUCUUACCCAAAAUCUUUAACAGAAUUAAUGGGGAAGUCUUCAAUUCUUCUCAUUAAUGGAAGUUUACAAAAAAGAAUCCAUGGACUUGUUGGUUCCUUCUUUAAAUCAUCACAUCUCAAAGCUCAAAUCACUAGAGACAUGCAGAUUUAUGUCCAACAAGCUAUGGAUAAAUGGGCUGAUAAUACUCACUUUCCCAUAUUCAUUCAAGAUGAAGCCAAAAAUAUUGCUUUUCAAGUACUGGUGAAAGCAUUGAUUAGUCUGGACCCAGGGAAAGAAAUGCAAUUCUUAAAAAGGCAAUUUCAAGAAUUUGUUUCUGGGCUUAUGUCUUUGCCUAUAAACUUACCUGGUACUCAACUUUAUCGAUCGUUACAGGCAAAAAAGGCGAUGGUGAAGUUAGUGAAGAAAAUAAUAGAAGCUAAAAGGAAGAAUAUGGUCCCAGGAGCAGAGGCAAAUGAUGUGUUAGAUGUUCUGUUAAAUGACCAAACUGGACAAUUAACAGAUGAUUUAAUGUCUGAUAAUAUCAUUGAUAUGAUGAUACCAGGGGAAGAUUCUGUCCCACUUCUUAUUACUCUUGCCAUCAAAUAUUUAUCAGAUUCCCCAUUGGCUCUCCAAAAAAUAACGGAGGAAAAUAUGAAACUUAAAGAGUUAAAAGCGGAGCUAGUGGAGCACAUGUAUUGGAGUGAUUACCUUUCAUUGCCUUUUACACAAAGUCAUGUGCAGGUCAUUACAGAAACUUUGAGAAUGGGAAAUAUAAUAACAGGAGUAAUGAGAAAAGCCAUGAAAGAAGUGGAGAUAAAGGGUUAUGUGAUACCAAAAGGAUGUUGUGUUCUGACUUAUUUUAGAUCAGUUCACCUUGAUCAAACUCUAUAUGACUCACCUUACCAAUUCAAUCCAUGGAGAUGGCAUAAUCAAGAUACAAACAGUAAUAACUUCAUGCCUUUUGGCGGCGGGCAAAGGUUGUGUCCUGGACUAGACUUGGCCAGAUUAGAAGCCUCUAUUUUCCUCCAUCAUUUUAUUACAGAAUUUAGGUGGGUGGCCGAAGAUGAUUCCAUUGUCCAUUUUCCUACAGUAAGAAUGAAAAAGGGAAUGCCAGUUUGUGUCAAAAGAAGAAGGGAAUCUUAAGCUUUGGCGGCUUUUCACAAUAGGUUGUUGGCUAAUUUGACCGACCGUUUAUGUUGGUUGGUUGAAUAUUCGAUGUUCAUAAAAGUGUUUGGUAAAAUCAGUUGUUAGUAUUGGCUGAUUAUUGCAAAAUUGUUCCCAAAACCCAAAGUCGAUAGAAAAAGCAACUAAGUCGACUUUUUGCUGAAACUUUUGUUUUUCAACUAAUGAAAAAACCAAUUACCAAAUA